AUCUCAAAAACUACAUAAAUUUCAUUUCCACACUUCCCAAAAGAAAUGGUUGGGAAAUGACUUUUUAUCAGUACAACGGUUUCUGGUACCCAUACGGUAAUGUUCUUCGCAUGCUGUUAGCUGAAGAGAGUUUCAAGCCUCAACCUAAUGACAUCGUCCUAUGUUCUUUUCCUAAAUCAGGCACAACUUGGCUUAAAGCUCUAGCUUUCGCCAUCCUCACUCGCUCCGAUGAUCGCUUCGAAUCAGCUUUUCCACACGACUCGGUUCCCUUCAUUGAAAUCGACGGAAUUUCCAGUCCAAGAAUUCCGCUCGUUGCUACCCACAGUAACUACUCUUCUUUACCAUCAUCCGUCGCGGAUUCAGGUUGUAAAAUUGUUUACAUAUGUAGGGAUCCAAAGGAUGUGCUUGUAUCUUUCUGGCAUUUUUUUAAAAAAUUUGCAUAUGUUAAUCCUGAAACUUACCCUAGUCUAGAACAAGGGUUCGAGUUAUUCUGCGAAGGAGUUAUUACUGCUGGACCGUAUUGGGAUCAUGUUUUCGAGUACUGGAAAGCGAGUUUAGAAUCUCCGGAAAGAGUGAUGUUUUUGGUGUAUGAAGAAAUGAAAAAGGAUAUUGUUGCUGUUGUUAAAAAGCUGGCUGAGUUUAUGGGCUGCCCUUUUAGCAUGGAGGAAGAGGGGCAAGAUUUGGUGCAAAAAAUUGUAGAUUCUUGUAGUUUUGAAGGUUUGAGUAAUUUGGAUAUCACUAAAAAUGGAGUGCAAUGGUCAAAUUAUGAGUUUGCUGUUCCUAAAAGUAAUUUCUUUAGAAAAGGUGAAGUUGGAGAUUGGAAGAAUCAUCUUACACCAGAGAUGGCAAAUCGUUUGGAUCAGAUAACUCGGGAAAAAUUAAGCGCCGCUGGUUUCAAUUUUUUCACGCAUCAAUAAUCCGGGUAUCAAACUUGUAAAGUUA